GAUCGCCAGUGCGCUGUGUCCCUCGGACACAGCAGAUCACGGAAAGAGCCGAAGAUGUCGGCUCGGUCAUGUGAUCAGCUGUGUCCAAUCACAGCUGAUCACAUGGCACUGAUGAUCAGUGUGCCCUGAUGAUCAGUGUGGCCCCAGAAGUGCCACCUGUCAGUGCUCAUCAAUGCCACGUGCCAGUGCCCAUCAGUGCCACGAGCCAGUGCCCAUCAGUGCCACAUCAAUGCCAUAUCAGUGCAUACCAGUGCACAUCAAUGCCACAUAUCAAUGCCCAUCUGAGCUGCCUUUCAAUGUCGCCCAUCAGUGCCAGUCAGUGCCACCUAUCAAUGCCAGUCAGUGCCACCUAUCAAUGCCAAUCAGUGCCACCUAUCAAUGCCAAUCAG